AUGGGUGUUGGAGUGCUCUGGUGGAGUACAGGAUCUGAAGAAGGAUAUCAUUACUAUUACAUUGACCCUACGUCUUUUGACGACCACGUGGAGCUGGUGGCGGGACAGGCACUGGAGGUGGUAAGCGUGGAAGGAAGGUGCGUCCUCGGCAGGCAGCUCCUUCGUCGUGAGAACUACUGCCUCGAGUACGGCGUUGACGGCUCAAACAUCCGCCCAAUCGUGUUGGUGUGUCCGGAUACGUGGAAGGGCAUGGACGUGCACACAGAGAAAUUUGGUCUGACCGCAGUUUUGCUGGGUUUCUCCUGUGCCGCUCUCUUUGCUACCGCCUUCUCCCUCAUCUCCACCCGCGUCAGAAGGGGCCUUGUAACCGUCAAAAAGGUCAACACGCUGGCGGGGAGGAUCCUACUGAGUUAUGUACUGGCCUACCUUGUGGCCUUCCUGCUGCUAGCUGUCAACAUGAAGGUGGAGGUGUCGCAGGACAACAUAGAGUGUCAAACCAUGGGUGAGUCUUCCUUCCCUCAUCUUAUUUUUCAUGAUACAUCCAGAUUGCUUAGAAGUUCCAUCCACCAGAUGACUACACGAGCUGGGGUGUAAGAGUGACUCGAGUCG